CGUGCUGUAAAAUCAAAGGAUAUGUUUCGUCUGCCAGUCUGACUUGUGUCUGUGCGUUUCGGAUUUAUCGUGUUGAAGCAAUUUUAAUACCAAUUAAUUUUAAAUAACUAACAGUGAGUGGUUCAACACAAAUAAAUUACUAAUUAAUACUACAAGUGAAUAUCUUCAAACAUCCUUUCACAACUUUAUUGAGACGCAGUUCUUGCUUCUUGAGAGCUAGUGGUUGCAUAUAAUCCAAGAUGCCAGCUCCAGCACCUCCCCCCGCCGAGCCGGCACCCCCUCGCACAGAACUUCAGGAAUUACAGUUGAAAGCAGAUCAGGCCACAGAUGAAUCAUUGGAAAGUACACGGCGUAUGCUGGCACUAUGCGAAGAGAGCCAAGAAGUAGGUUCGAAAACUCUGCAGGCGCUCUCUGAUCAGGGGGAGCAACUGGACCGAAUCGAAGAAGGAAUGGAUCAGAUCAAUGCCGACAUGAAAGAAGCCGAAAAGAACUUGACUGGAAUGGAAAAAUGUUGUGGCUUGUGCGUCUUACCUUGCAACAAGUCCGCAUCGUUCAAGGAGGACGAAGGCACGUGGAAGGGGACAGAUGACGGCAAAGUGGUCAACAACCAACCACAGCGGGUCAUGGAUGACCGCAAUGGACUCGGGCCUCAGGGUGGAUACAUUGCCAAGAUCACGAACGACGCGAGAGAGGACGAGAUGGAGGAGAACAUGGGCCAAGUGAACACAAUGAUAGGUAACCUCCGUAAUAUGGCGCUCGACAUGGGAUCUGAACUCGAGAACCAGAACAGGCAGAUCGAUCGAAUCAAUCGCAAGGGCGAAUCCAACGAGACAAGGAUAAAGGUAGCCAAUGACAGAGCCCACGACCUGUUGAAGUAAACCACUUCAAACAACUUCAAACGAGUUGAGUUGAAGUAAAUUUACACCCACUUCAACUUCAACUGCACACAAGUGACUACUCACACAUACACACACACUGAUACCGACACUGGGAGACAUGUUUUCUUCUUCUACCACUUCUCCUCCUUCUUCUUCCUAUCAGCUGCUUCUUUAGUUUGUUGAUUCAAGAAACGAAUGCAAAUGUUGUUGCUUAUUUUUCACAGGGUGGAUCCAACGAGUCUCGCAUAGCUUCUGCCAAUCAGCGUGCUUCGCAUCUGUUGAAGUAAACACAUUACUUCAAAAUAAUGCUGCUUAAAGCCUUAGUUUCUGCAAAUUAUUGCUGUGUUACAACAGUUGUUUACAAAAUUAAUGCUGACAUUUGUCAAAAUAUGUAAAAACUCCAUAUAUAUCUCUAAAUAAGCAAAAAUUUCUGUCAAUUCUAAAACGGGCAGCAUAUCUGUUGACAAAUUACUUUAAAAUAAUGCUUCUAAUAAAUAAUGCUAUCAAGCAUAAUAAUACUGUAGUACAACGGUUGUGUAUGAAAUUAAUGCUGAAUCAUAUUUAUGUUUACUAAAAUCUCUGAAGAGUACAAAUAAACUUCUUUUAAAGAGCUUCUUUUCAUGUUGAAGAUAAACUAAAUUAAAUUCUACAAUCACUGUAGUACAACAGUUGUGUAUUAAAUUUUUGCGCUAAAUGUUGAAUUGUGCUAAUUAAUAUCAGCUAAAAUCUCUGAAAAAAUCAUAAAUGUAUUAAAAAGCUUCUUUUGCUCAGAUGCAUGAGAAUGAGUAUAAAAUAAAUUAAUGCAUCAAAAUGUCAAAAUAUUGAAAAGGAAUCGUCAAAUGAACAAAAGUUUCUUUAAAGACUAUGGACGUCUUUUACUGUUGAAAUAAAAUUUAAUCUAUGCUUAGAUGCAAAUGAAUUUUGCUAAGAGGCAUAUUAAUAGUGUAGUAUAACUAGUACACAGUUGAGUAAACAUUGUUUCUCCAAUAUAAUUAAUAUGUUAAACAUAAAUUAAUGCUGCUAUAAAAAUAAAUUUUCACAUAAACCAGACUAUAAAGCUAUAGUAUUAUGAGAAAUUUAUGAAAACUAAAUUAAUAACAGGAAAAUUAAUAAUGCUGCGAUAAUAAAUUGAAUAACUGCUUUAAAAUCUCUAAUUUUCUAAAAACGCUUCUCAACUAUAGACCUGUAUGUAAAAUUACAAUUUUGUGGAAAGAUACAAUGCUACAAAAAAUAAUGAAAAAUUAUGUGAUUUGCUGAUUAUGCAAUAAAUAUGCAAUAGUAAGCGUUCGCUCAAAAUCGCUCCUCUGCUUCAGCUCUCUUUCAAUUCUUUUAUUGUCAUUGUAUCUAAAUAAUAAUUUUGUUUUGAACACAACAGGAACAGCAGGAAUCUAGCCAAUUAACUAUUGUGAAAUACCACUAUUAAAGAAAGAAAAUCAUCUAGAAUUUCAAAUUAAGAAUUCAAAACACUCUAAAAAUGAAAAAUUGACACAAUAAAAAACUAUAUGUUGAAGUUGUUCCAUUUUUAUGAUUCAAUACAAAAUAACGGCUCUAAAAUUAUGAAAAAUUGUGUGAAGAAUUUUCUACUUAUUAUCAAAAUUUAACAAUUCUACUUGAAUUACACUACUUUAUUGGCUUGAUGUAUCAUUCAUCAUUUUGUUAUAGUCUACAGGAAAAAUUAAUUGUGGGAUACAUUCAAAAUAUUUAGCUAUGUAUUACGUUUGGUACUAAUAAACUGCUCUGGGUUCUUUCAGAUAAAUUUAGUGUAAUUUGAAAUAAUUUAUAACAAAUUUCAAAAAACCUUCCACAUAUUGUGUGCACUGAAUGCACGAUGACCUCUUCUGGCGAUCUUUUUCAACAUGGAAACACAAAUUUGCUCCCGUUGGGAACUAUUCAUGAAUAUCAUUGUCUGAUUUUCAAAUGGUCUUGCUCAAUGAUUGUGCCAAUAAACGGUCCUUAUUCAGAAAAAUCUUGAGAAAAAGAAACUUGAAAAAUUGAAAGAACACAAUAAUGUAGGAAUUCAACAUGUAAUCAUCAAUUAUAAUUAAAGAACCCAGAAAAAUGUUAUCAGUUUACUGCUUUAUAGCUAUUGUUUUCUCCAUUUAACCUAUCUCCACAAUGUAAUACAAUGUUUCAAGCCUCUAUGUUAACAUCCUCAUUAACAUGCAUGUAAGGUAAGUGAAAAUAUGCUAAUGUUAAUUUUCAAUGUUUUUAAUUAUUAAACAAUCUAAUUGUUGUCUUUGAAUCAUAUAUAUAGUAAUGAUAGUAAUUAUACUAUUCACUAGUUGAUACAUAAUACUUACCAUUAUAACGCAUUAAUAUAAUGUAUUAAUGAGUAAACAGUUGCAUUACUUGUACAGUUAUGAAUAUAUAAUAUAUAUAUAUAUAUUUUGCUUAUGACAUGCAUUUUUAAAAGUUGGGAUAGUAUUAUAUAAUAUAUAGAGGAUAUUUUUCACGCGUCAUAAUGUAAUUAAUUACUUACAUAUUUAAAUAAUAUAAAAUGAUUAAUGGUGCAGUUAUUUAGGAAGUUUAAGGUAAUCAUUAUUUGCCUUUCCCAAUUUAUAUUAUUAUUAGAUAUAGUUAAAAUACUGUUAUUAAUAAUUAUUUUCGUUCAUAUUAUUAUUAAAUUCACGAGGAAAACAAAACGUUUUCUGAAAUUAUUGUUUGUAGGUAAUUUUUGUAUAUUGUUUUAUUGUAAGAAAUUCAUUAACAUCAAGGUGUAGAUCGAUUAUUAUGAUAAUAUUCAAGUAGAAAACAUAUUAAGGAACACAUGAAAAAGUGUUUUUUAAAGCGUGUCUUGAACAUCUCACGAGUGUUUGAAGAUCAUAAAGUAUUUCCAAAAGUGUGAACAAGAUUGAACAUGAAUGUUGUGAAUACCAUAAAUUCCAAUGAAAAAGAAAGAUAAUCUCAGUGAAAAUAAUACAGGAGAUUAGCUAUCUCUACCAUUGAUAUUGAAAUGCUCUUCUUCAACUAAAACUUCCCUUGAUUGAAUCCGUAUUGAAAAUCAUAUUAGAAAACUUGCAUUACAUUUGAGAUCAUAUUAUUGAAGCUUGAAUUGAAGCUUUGUCUUGUGAUAAAUGCAAUCCAUGGUAGCAUUUCUACUGGAAGUCAUCUAUAUAAAUAAUGAUGAAAUUGUAGAAAAGUAAUUAUAUUGCUUAGGAUACUCUUCAAAUUCAAAUCAUUAUUAUUAGUAGUCAGUAUAAACUAUUCCAAUGUAUGUGAGUACUUGUAAGUACAUUAUACUUACAUACAUGUAAAUGCUUUGUACUUUCUUCAAUGUAAGUGCAAUAUCCUUACAAUAAUAUGAAAAAAUGAGUGAAUGGAAAUAUCAUGAAAUUGUCUCAAAUUUGAAAUUUUGAAAAUCGGAUUGUAGCUCUCAGCUACCUAAAUCUAUGAAACAAUCUUUUGAAAAAAACUCCCAUUGUUAUCAACUGACUAAGUAGCAAGUUUAAUCAUUCUAAUAAAAUGAAUAAGGUUAAUUAGGGAAGACUUUAUUGUUUUAUCUAGAAAGUUGUUCAAAAGGUUUUAUUGCCUUAUCUUUUUUCUCUGGGUUGACUUGUGAAUUCAAAAGAAUUCACAAAAAUACAGAGAUUUCUGGGAAAAGUUGACAAUUGAAGAAUUGGGAAGAAAUUAUGACGGAAAACUCCAAUGUACAUAUAGAUCAAACUCUUUGAAUCUAAAUAUUAUAGGAGUGUUAUUCAUUUCAACAUGUGAUGAAACUGCAUUUUAUUGAGAGUUUCUCCUCGUAAUUCACCAAUCUCAAUGGAAUAUGUUUCCUAGUUGCAUAAUAGUGUGAUAUGAUAUGAAGUGAGUAAUAGUUCUCUGCAAACGAAAAAUAGCAAUAAAGUUAAGAUGGAUUGGAAAUUAGAAAUAGUGUUAUUUUAAUGUAACUUUGUUAUCACUCGAUCAGGUUUGAGAUUGUUGAUUAGAUUACUGUACUAUGACUGUGACAAGAUAUGCUCUUACAUACUCAAGUUAUAUUAUUGAGUUAGAAAGAUUACUACUUUAUAAAAUUAUCAUUAUGUUAUUUUUCGAUUGUAGUAUUUUGAGCACUUUUCAAAUGUAUAGAUAUUAGAUACUAACUAAUUAAUAUCCAUUCACAAUAUUAUUGUAUUGAUGUGAUUGUAUAAUAUAAGUUUGAAACGAGGCUACUAAAUCAAAUAUAAGUGAAAAUAACGCCUUAACUGUAGGAGAUUUCGAUUGAAAAUUGAUUCGUUUAGAAAAGUGAUGAAGAAAACUAGGUUUUAGUAUUUUUCAAAGUAAGGAAAACUCCAAAUUUCCACAGAUGUGACGAUGAGUUGAUCAAGCUACAACCCUUCAUUUUUGCACUCUAAAUUAUUUUUUCCAUUAGAUAGCAUAAUGUUAGGUAUUGUACCCUACCAUAAGGCUAGAGUAGUGCUGUAAGGCUUUAAUAUUUCUCGAUAAAAUUAUUAUCUGAGCCUCCGUGUAUAUAUAUUGUACAAAUGAUGUGCAUUUAAUUUUCAAGUUUGUAUGAUCAUGGAAUUCAUCUCAUGUCCCAGUUAAUUGAGGAUUAGUUGGUCGAGAGUUGGUCUGUUAAUUGAAGUUGAUUUUAAGAUGGAAGUUUAAAAUGAAUCAACAGUUAUUACAAAAUAUACAGAACAUUAUUUGCGUUCCAGAGAAAAUGUGACUAAAUCGUUUAAAAAUAUAUCAUUUUGUACUUGAAAAUGCUUACUAAAAUUUGUUAAUGUCCUUCUAUAAAAAAUUGUAAAUUCAACAUUGUUAUAGGAUAUUAAAUCUUUGAAAAUGAUAAUUAACUGGAUUUUUAUAAUUUAUUGCAAACUUCUAUCUGUAAGAAAAUGAAUUUCAAUUCUCAUGAUUCAACGUCAAUCUCGAAAAAAGAUUCAAUUUCAACAGAAUAACCUGUGUCAAUUGUGCGAGCUCUACACAUUACGUAAAACGUUUUCUGACCUUGAUCAAAUGUUUUUAACCCUGUUUAUCCAUCACAUGACUCAUGACAUCCUUACCAUACUUCUGGCAAAACAUAACUUUAUUCAAACAAGUAUUGACGUUUCAGGCCACUCCUGGCUGCUCAAUCGCCAAUCAAACUCUAAUCUCCGGUUAGUUUUGAUGAUCGGUGAUCACAGUUUGAUUGAUGACUUUCCAUCCGUCUUAUUUCCAAACGUAAUUCGGGUAAUCACAUACUAAAAUUCACACCUUGAAUACUUUGAAUAAGACUGAUUUCAAUAAUAUUACAAAUAUUAUAUUUUUAAUAUUGAAGCAUUAUGAAUAUAAUAUUUAUAAUAGUAUUAUAAAUACUACUGUCGUUACUCUGAAAGAGUAAGCUACUCGUAAGACGUCAUGGAAUGUUUAGUUUCAAUGUGUGUCAUCCAUAACAUUUUCCCAGACAUUGAUCAAUCUCCAAAAUUCACUGCAAUUAUCCAUGUCUCAUCAUAAGAUGAAUAGCGCUACUAUUGACAAACCUGCAGAUGUAUAAAAUUUAAUGUAGUUGUGCUGAAUGUUCAUUAAUUUUACUAUUGGUGAUUAGCUCAGAAAUAGAUGGAAUUCAUACUUGUUUCUCAAUAUUAGUAUAUAAUAUUAUGUGCUUAUGGAGCAAGUGAUACAUACUAAAUGAUAAUUUUUAAAAUCAUUACUUCAUAUUUUCGUUUCAAUUUUUGUCAUUACUACAUUUUAUAUUGUCUCUUAGCAAUAUUUGUUUCAAUUGAUGGUCAUAAAAUUUUUACUUUAUAGUAGUUUCUUUAGGAUAUUUCCUAAAUAUCUCAACUCACACGAGAAUACUAAUUCCACAUCAUCACUCAGUUUAACCAACUAUAUAAUUUUUAAGAAUUGUUGAAACUUUUUACCUUUUUUAUUGUCAUUUAUCAUUAGAUAGCUUUCAUAUUAAAAUAAUUUCCAGUUCUUAGUAUCAAUUUUACUUUUUUGUGCAUAAAUACCCCAAUCGCCUGUCAGUAACUAUUAUAUUCCGUCCCUUAUUUUGUUCUUGCUCUAAUUAUGUUUAAAAUACUUAUUAUAAACUUGUUGUUAAGUUUAUUGUCAUUUCACAAUCAUAUUUUGGUUUGGCUGCAUCAUCCAUAACCUGAAUAUGGGCUUCCUAUUAAGUUACAACUUAUUUCCUAGCUUGCUACGAAACUCCUCAGUAAUUUGAUUUUCAAAUGUGUGAAUAACAUAGAGUAGAUAAGAGGAUUCAUGUAAAUAGAUGAAAUAUAUAUUUGAGCGUGUAUGGUGAUAUUAUUCAUAGUAUUAAUGUUAUUUAAAUUAUUUAUGUACUUAUUUUAAAUUAUAUAAGCGUAAGUGUGAUUGCCUAUAGUAACAUAUCUUAUUCACGCCGUAUGUGAGUUAAGUAUGAAUGAAGCAGUUAUUUUUUAUUAUCAAUUUAUAUUUUCAAAAUGUAUUGUUGAAUAAUUCUUAUUGUUUGAGAUGAAUGACAUGCUAGAUGCUACUUUGACCUAAAUAAGAUUUGUAAUUGGAAUUUUGAUAAAGUUGUAGAUUUUAUUGACAUAUUCAUCUAUCUAUAAUAAACACUGUAUGUAUCUAGAUUUCUAGUCUUCAUUAUAGUUUGUUUUAGCUCUGAGAGUUUUUGAGAUUUUUCAGUCGGUAUGUCUCUAGGAAAUAGUGACAUAAAAUUGCAAGAAUAAAAAUUAAAUUGAAGCAAAUCAGUAUCAUGUUUUUUGUAUUAAUGUUCAAUUCCAACUUUAUUGAAUCUGAAAAUCAAGAUUGUAACUGAUCACUUCUAAAUCGCAUUCUUGAGACAUAUUAUUGUUUCGCUGUGGUCACUUUAGGCCUCACAAUAUAGUUUUCUAAAUCUAUUGUGAAAUUAGUCUCACCUUCCAACUUUCUCAAUUUCUCAGCAAUUCACGAAUUGGAAAGAUAAAGAAUGAAUGGAGCAUAAAUGAUUGGAUGAUUAGCAUCAAAGCUCACGCUGAGAUCAUAAACGAAUAACGAAAUCAUUCAUUUUUCGAUUGUUUGAAUCAUUUCUAUGAUUAUGUACUGUUAUAGCUGCAGUGAUUAUAAAUAGCAUUCAUCAUUAAUAAUCUAGAUGUGUUUUAUUACAAGUAAUUUAAAGAUUUGUAAAAAAAUAGUAUAAAUGUUACUUACUCCUUGUAUAAUCUCAGCAUAUUAUUAACUUCUACCGAGCGAUUUGCUCUUAUUAAAAUAAUAGAACAUCGGAAGCUGUAGAUUCAACGCAUCAUAAUACACAAUGCGUAUUAACCAUUUGUAUUUUUCUUGGGGUUAAUAAACACAGUACAACA